GCCCUCCCCCACUCUCCCCAUCUCUCUCCUCGUCUCUUUCUCUCUCUAACACAAACACACAGAAUUGCAAACAGUAGUAGUUCCUCAGCUCCCUCUCUCUCCUCUCUCUCCCUCUCUAAAAUUUUUAUAUACAUUUUCUAAUCUGCUCUUCCAUAACAGAAUAUAGCAGGAUUCAAUAACACCAACAUCUCCCUCUUUUUCUUUCUAACUUUUGUUCCCAACCUGUACCCUUCUAACAUUAGAAAAUUAAAAUUUUGACACCAAUCUCUCUCUCUCUCUCUGUGGAAUCCCUGUCUGUUUUCCCCCAAAACCCAAAAUCCCAAACCCUUAAAUUUACCAAAAGCAACCAACUUUUCCACAAUUUGACAUUUUUGCCCAGAUGGGUUCUGCUCCUGCUCCUGCUAGAACUCCUUCUGCUUCUGCUGUGCUAUUGAUAACGCUGCUAAGCGUCGCCGUUUUCCGACCCACCACAUCAGAUCCGAGCGACGAGGCGUGCCUAACCCACCUGAGCGAAUCCCUCCAAGACCCAACAAAAUCCCUCCUGAACUGGACCAAAUCCACCUUCGCCAACCCCUGCAGCGGCUUGAACUCCUACCUCCAGGGCGCCACCUGCAACAAUGGCCGCAUCUACAAGCUCUCCCUCACCAACCUCUCCCUCCGCGGCUCCAUCUCUCCCUUCAUCGCCAACUGCACCAACCUCCAGGCCCUUGACCUCUCCUCCAACUUCCUCGCCGGUCCCAUCCCCUCCGACCUCCAGUACCUCGUCAACCUCGCCGUCCUCAACCUCUCCUCCAACCAAUUAUCCGGUCCCAUUCCGCCGCAGCUCACAUUGUGCGCCUACCUCAACGUCAUCGACCUCCACGACAACUCCCUCACUGGCCCCAUCCCCCAGCAAUUGGGCCUCCUCGUCCGCCUCUCCGCCUUCGACGUCUCCAACAACAAGCUCGCGGGCCCGAUUCCGGUCUCGCUGGGAAAUCGGAGCGGGAACUUGCCGAGAUUCAAUGCGACGUCGUUCCAGGGGAACAAGGAGCUUUAUGGGUACCCUUUGCCGCCGCUGAAAAGCAAAGGGCUUUCGGUUCUGUCGAUCGUCGGGAUCGGAUUGGGAAGUGGGUUCGCGAGCUUGGUGCUCAGCUUUACCGGCGUCUGCAUUUGGUUGAAAAUUACAGAGCGGAAGAUGGCGCUGGAAGAAGGGAAGAUCAGCCACCUCAUGCCUGAUUACUGAGGCGGAGAAGAAGAGGCUAAUUUGGUAAUUUAAACCCCCAAUCGAAAACCUUGAGCUAAAAAAUUUCAUGUAUUUUUGGUUUUCUUUUACUGGUGAGAGAAUUUUUGGUUUCUUUUUUGGGUUUUAUUUGGUUUUUCCUUUUUCUUUUUGGUGCUUUUGAUUCUCUUUAUAACGUUCUCACCAAUCCAACAAUGUACAAAAACCCAAUUCAAAACACAGUGCUUCAGUCA